AUGGAUCUGUUCUUUUUUUUUUCUGGAAAGCGAUUGUGCGGUCCUCCUUUUUUUGCAUAUGGGACAAGGCAAAAAAUCGUUCAUACACUUGAAUCGGGGGUCAUAUGACUUUUAUGGUGAACUCGUCAGGAUAGAUGUAAUGGGAAUGAAAUAAUGUACCACGCCA